CCGCCCCCGCCCCCGCCAUGGAAGCACCCCUAAACCUCAAGUCCUUGGAUGGAAGCUCGAGCGUUUUACUCCCUUCUUCGACGUUCAAAACACGCCAACAGCAGCAGGCACGAUGGCACCGAAAGCAAUUGUCGCACCGUCGAUUCUUUCGGCGGACUUUGCCGACCUGGGCGCGGAAUGCUCGCGAACGAUGGAGCGGGGCGCCGACUGGCUCCAUGUCGACAUCAUGGACGGCCACUUCGUCCCAAACCUCACCUUUGGUCCCCCCGUGGUCGCUAAGAUCCGCUCGCACGUCGACCGCCCAACCGAGUCUUAUGGCAAGGGCACCUUUGACUGCCACAUGAUGAUCGCCGAGCCCAAGAAAUGGGUCAAGGAGUUCAAGGCGGCCGGCUGCGACCUCUACUGCUUCCACUACGAGGCUGCUAUCAACUCGACCGCCGCCGAGAGCCCCGAGGCGCAUUCGGACCUCAAGACGUCCCCCCGUGAGCUGAUCCGCUACAUCCACGAGCAGGGCAUGCUGGCCGGCAUCGCCAUCAAGCCCGCAACCAAGGCCGAGGUGCUGUACGAGGUGCUGGAUAGCUCCGACCCGGCGGAGCGGCCAGAUAUGGUACUGGUGAUGACGGUCGAGCCCGGGUUCGGCGGGCAAAAGUUCAUGGCGUCGGAGCUGCCCAAGGUGCAAGCGCUGCGGCAGCGGUACCCGGAUCUGAACAUCGAGGUCGACGGCGGGCUGGGGCCGAGCACCAUCGACCAGGCAGCGGACGCCGGAGCGAACGUGAUCGUUGCGGGGAGCGCCGUGUUCGGGGCCAAGGAUCCGGCCGCGGUAAUCUCUUUGCUGCGGGAGGCCGUGGCCAAGAGGGGCGAGAAGUUGUAGGUUGGGAGAAGGUGUAGAAUGCUUGGAGGAGGGUGAAUUUGUGUACGUAUGAGAAGAAGCGAAAGAUCUGCUUGUUGAUAGAUACCUGGUGCUGCGAGCGGCAUAAACACUUUUAUCGAUGUUUGGCAAGCCAUUUGGCCUUGAUCUGAUGGUGGCAAGGGUAUUAAAAUUCAGGUCAUCAACGGACCCUCGCCUCAGGGUCAUGAGUCUCAACACUACCUGCGAGCCCACUUCCGCUCCGCCGCGCAACAGCGCCCCCGGACCAACUUGCCUCCCCCUCCUCCUCCUCCUCGCACACUUAACCACCACUCGUUCACUUCCCGUCUCCCAGCACCUCCUCCAAGACGGCAAUCAACCUCUUUACCUCGUCAACUACACUCUACUGUCAGUCUUUUUGCGAUCUCACUCGCAUUGUUGUCCCGGCACAGACAAAGGAAAAAAAGGGGGAAGAAGAAGAAGAAAAACAAAACAGA